AUGGAGGCUCCCAGAGAAGCGGCCGCGGAUGCAGUCCCGAGCACGUCAACGGCUUCGGCCGUCGUCCAAGAGCCUCAGCAGCCGCAGCGGGUUGUCGCGUCGCAUCCCCCUCCUCCUCAGCGAAGCGGACUUGCCACACGCGAGCGAUACAAUCACCAGUCGCUCGGCGCAUCGCUGAAUUCCUUGGUCAAGCAUGCGCGAGUGCUCAUGGUGGGCGCUGGCGGCAUCGGGUGCGAGCUGCUCAAAAACCUGGUCCUCACCGGCUUCGGCGAGAUUCACAUCGUCGACCUCGACACGAUCGAUCUGUCCAACCUCAACCGACAAUUCCUCUUCCGACACGAACACAUCAAAAAGUCAAAGUCGCUGGUUGCCAAAGAGGCGGCACAACGAUUCAACCCGAACGUCAAGAUUGUCGCACAUCAUGCCAACAUUAAAGACCUCGAGUUCAGCGUACCCUGGUUUCGCGACUUCAAGAUCGUCUUCAAUGCCCUCGACAACCUCGACGCUAGACGACAUGUCAACAAGAUGUGCUUGGCGGCGGACGUUCCCCUAAUUGAGAGCGGGACGACUGGCUUCAACGGGCAAGUCCAGGUCAUCAAGAAGGGCCUCACUGCUUGCUACGACUGCACUCCCAAGGACACACCCAAGUCGUUUCCCAUCUGCACCAUCCGAAGCACACCAAGCCAGCCGAUCCAUUGCAUAGUAUGGGGCAAAAGCUAUCUACUCAAUGAAAUAUUUGGCGUCAGUGAGGAUGACUUUGAUCACUCAGCGGAUGCGGAUAACGCUCAUGAAAUCGAGGAGCUGAAGAAAGAGUCAGAGGCACUUAAGCAGAUCCGAGAAUCAAUCGGGACACCGAAAUUCCCAAAGUUGCUGUUUGACAAGGUCUUCAACGCUGAUAUUGAGCGCCUGCGAUCCGCGCCAGACGUGUGGAAGUCGCGGCGCGCUCCUGAGGCGCUCAAGUACGACGAAGUAAUGGCACGGGCUAGCCAGCUUUUCGACUCAAAGGAUGCCAUACUGGCGGACGGUCAGAAGAUCUGGUCACUCGAAGAAAACUUUGUUGUCUUCAACGACAGCCUCGACCGACUUAGCAAGCGGCUGCUUCAAAUGCGGGCGACAAAAGAUGCUUCUGCCCCUGAACCAACAAUUACUUUUGACAAGGACGACGACGAUACUUUGGAUUUCGUAGCAUCCAGUGCAAACAUCCGGUCAACAAUCUUUGGCAUCGACCUCAAGUCUCGAUUCGACAUCAAGCAGAUGGCCGGCAACAUCAUCCCGGCCAUCGCCACUACAAAUGCCAUCGUCGCAGGCCUCUGCGUUCUGCAGUCCUUCAAGGUGCUCAAAGGCGAAUACGGACAGGCGAAAGAGGUAUUCUUGACGCCGUUUGCCAACGCACGACUGCUGGCUCCAGACAGGAAUCGGGAACCGAACCGCGAUUGUCCCGUCUGUGGUGUUUACUACACCAGCGUCAUUGUUGACUUGAACCGGGCAACACUUAGAGACAUUGUCGAGGGCCUUGUCAAGAAUCAGUUCGGUUAUGGAGACAAGGAAUUUGCCGUAAGCUACAAGGUCGGCGACGAGCUCCGCAGUGUUUAUGAUCCCGACGACAGGGACAAUCUGGGCAAGAAGCUUACAGAGCUCGGCAUCAAAGGAGGCACUUUCCUCACCAUCUCCGAUUGGGAUGACGAACUUGUCGAUGUUACAAUUGAUAUUCAGGAUGGCAUCCUGGAUGACCAAAAAGAAUCGUUCCGCACAGUACAUGCCGGCCGCCCCGAAAUUCCCCAUAAGCCUCAGAAGCCUUCUGCAGUCGAGGCCGACGGCGAGAGUCACGGCCAACCAAACGGAAAGCAUACCCUAGACGAGGAAGUGGUGGUAGAGGAGCCUAAGGGCGCCAAAAGACCGCCUCCCGAUGAUGAGAGUCCCCCUCUCAAGAGGGCCAAGGUUGCCAGCUCGGACGACGAUGUGGUGGUCGUGGAAGACGCCGGUGGAGCCAUCGUCAUCGAUGAUUAA